AUCAAUCCUGCUCAACCGCGAUCACUUUGCCAUCUCUCGGACAUCCGUGCAACCAUAUCGCAGGUACUGCAGAUUCCUGCCACUGCAGCGGCAAUCAAAACGAUUGAUUUAUCUAUCAAGGGCGCGAAUGUCAUUCCGGAUAGUUCCAGUGUCGAUUAUAUAAUUUUUACCACGGCCAGUCAGGUUAACGCACAUUUACGGGGGCAAAUGCUAGAAAAUUAUAAGUCUGAACGUUUCCCGACAGUGUCACGGCGUCCGUUAAGAGAUUCGGUGUCGACUUCCUGCUGAAAUGUCGCGACUCGGUGCGUUACUGCGGAUCAACAAUAUCGGAGGUGUUGUCAAAGUUUCGAAUUUAAGGCCUCUGUCGACUGCUGCCAACAAAAGUAAUAUCGAAGCUUACGAUGUGGUGAUAGUGGGUGGCGGGAUUGUCGGGGUGGCCACAGCCCGCCAAAUGGCUCUCAGACAUAAGAGCCUUCGUAUGGCCAUCGUCGAAAAAGAAAACCGCCUAGCUGCCCACCAAACCGGCCACAACAGCGGGGUUAUCCAUGCCGGAAUCUACUACAAACCCGGUUCACUCAAAGCCAAACUGUGCGUCGAAGGGUUAAAAUUGGCGUACCAGUACAUGGACGAAAACGAAAUCCCUUACAAAAAAGUAGGAAAACUGAUAGUGGCUACGGAUGAGGUGGAGGUGGGGAGGCUGAAAGAACUGCACGACAGAGGUAUCAAAAAUCAGGUGCAAGAUCUGAAGUUGUUGACGAGCGAGGAGGAAAUCAAGCAGUACGAACCUUACUGCAAGGGGUUGCAAGCCCUGUGGUCGCCCCACACCGGAAUCGUGGACUGGGCCGUGGUCACGAAACAUUACGGGAGCGAUUUCCAGAAAACCGGCGGACAGAUUCACUUAAACUAUGAGGUAAACGGUUUUCAAGACUCCGGAGACAAAGAGUAUCCGGUUUUGGUUAAGUCAAAGUCCGGCAAGAAAGUGUUGGCCAAGUACGUUUUGACUUGCGGUGGACUGUACUCGGACAAACUGGCCGAAAUGUCCGGAUGUCCGCGUGACCCCAGAAUAGUACCGUUCAGGGGCGAGUACCUGUUACUGUCUCCCGAGAAGGCGAAGAACGUUAAGGCCAAUAUUUAUCCAGUACCUGAUCCCAGAUUUCCGUUUUUGGGUGUGCAUUUCACUCCCAGGAUGAACGGAGACGUUUGGCUGGGACCCAAUGCCGUACUGGCGUUUGCCAGAGAGGGCUACAAAUGGACUGAUAUCAACGUACGCGAACUCAUAGAUGCACUACUGUAUCCCGGCUUCAGGAAACUCGCAAUUAAAUUCUUGGCUGCCGGCAUUAAAGAAACCAGCAGAUCUUUUAUAACAAGCCUGCAAGUGAGGCAACUCCAGAAAUUCAUACCCACAAUUACAACGAAAGACGUGAAAAAGGGCCCGGCUGGCGUAAGGGCCCAAGCUUUGGAUCUGAAAGGCAAUUUAGUCGACGAUUUCUAUUUCGACAUGAUGAAGAAGAGCAAUACAGAAAUUGGUUCCAGGAUUUUGCAUUGUAGGAAUGCUCCCAGUCCAGGCGCCACCAGUUCCUUGGCCAUUGCUCGUAUGAUGUCGGAAAAGAUUGAGAAGGAAUUUAAUUUGACACCCGAAGAUACAAACGUUCCUUGUUAACCUAUACUUUUAAAAUUUAAUGUGACCGUGCACAAUAAAUCGUAACUGAAAUUUUUUAAUGCUCUAUUAUAUUUUUUAUUGUAUAUUUUGUUUGUAUUCGCAUUUAUUUUUACAUAUACAUGAAUUUUAACUUUCAACAAAUUAAUUUAUACAGUUGUUUUGUAAGUAUUAAAACAAAAACGGGUAACGAAAUAAAACGAUUCGAAUGUU